GAGUCGGACGGCGCCGCGAGCGGAGCCCAGCAGUAGUGACGCGUCGCGACGCCCCGCCCCGCCCAGCCGCGAGCCGCACCACGCCACGAGCGAGCGCCGAGCUGUGUGUGUGUGUAUGCGCGUGCGAGUGCGUGCCGUGCGUGUGUGAGUGUGUGUGAGUGCGUGUGCCGCCAUGCUGGCUGCGUGUCGUGCCGGCCGCGGCGCGCCGCCUUGCUGAAGGAGGCGACCGGGGUCGGACCCGGGGGACGCCGCUGCUGCCGCCCCGCCGCCGAGGAGGAGGAGGGCCCAACAGCUGUGUCCCUGUAAUCGUUAGCACCGACCUCCCGCCGCCCCGAACGCUGCCAAGCUUGGAAACGAGUUAAACUGGAAUUGUUCGCGCGGACGUGUGCGAUCAACAGCCCUCGGGACGCCUCCACGUGGGGGAGGCAGCAAGCGGGCCCGCCGCGCCCCGCCCCGUCGUACCCCGUCGCGCCCCGCCGCACCCCGCCGCGCACCGUUGCGCCCUGCCGCACCCCACCGCACCCCGCCCCGCCCUCCAGGCGGGCAGGCACAGAAGCGCAGGAGUUAACACUACUUUCACAGCGGAUAACAUCAUCAAGUGCGCGGCGAGUGUGCGCGCGUGAGUGUGAGGGGAGACGCUCCCUCUCACCCUCUCUUCCUCCCUUUCGCCCCGGGCCCCUACCGGCGCCCGGGCGCCCGCCGCGGCGCGGCGAUGGUCCGGAUCAGCGGCCCAACGUGAUCAGCACUGCGCCAGGGUCUGGCCAGAUCUGGCCCCCCGGGCCUCCGCGCCGGGUCCAAGCCGGCAUAUUAAAAGCCGGAGUUUUCCGGGGCCCCUCUACUAAAGUGAUGCGCUCCACGAUGGCGGCCGCGGCGCCCCGCCUGCCGCCGCCGCUGCUGGUGGUGCCACUGCUGCUGGCGCUGCUGCCAGCCGCGCUCGCCAACACCAACGCCGCUCUGCUGGACGCCAACAAGCUCCACGACGACGAAUCAGUGGUGACGCUGCAGGCCGAGGCGGUUGCGGGCGGAGUGGCCAAGCUGGCCUGUGACAUGAUUCCCCCUAUCAUCGGGGAUAAGGCAUCACUAGUCAUCUGGUUCAAGGAGGGCACUCCGAAACCAAUAUACAGCUACGAUGCGCGUGGUAACGGCGGCCAGGCCAAGCACUGGGCGGACGACACGUUUGGUGGCCGAGCUUUUUUCCGAGUCUCCGACAAUCCUGCUCAGCUGACGGUGGAAAGUGCCCGGGAUGGGGACGGCGGCAUGUAUCGAUGCAGGGUGGACUUUAUCCGCUCACCUACGAGGAAUGCUCGUGUCAACCUCACCGUCAUACUGCCACCCGAGCAACUGCUCAUUAUGGACAACAGAGGCGAGCACAUACGUCACUUCAUGCUUGGUCCGUACAACGAAGGCGACUCUGUGGACAUCACAUGCGAAGCGUCAGGUGGGCGGCCACUGCCUCGUGUCACGUGGUGGUACGAGAACAUCAUGCUGGACGAAUCUUUCGGGCGCCUGUCCGAGCGCCGCGUCCAGAACGUGCUACACCUGGAGAACCUACAGCGCAAGCAGCUGAACCGCGUCUACACCUGCAGGGCGUCCAACAACCAGCUGGCCAAUCCCAUUACCUCCUCCGUGCGGCUGGACAUGAACCUGCGGCCGCUGUCAGUGACGCUGCUCGGCGACAACCGGCCGUUCAGCGCCGAGAAGAACUAUGAGGUGUCGUGCGAGGUGCUCGGAGCCCGACCGGUGCCGCAGAUUACGUGGUGGAAGGGCAACACUCAGCUUCAAAAUGCUAAAGAAGUGACGUCGCAGGACCAGAACUCGACCAUCAGCACGCUGCACUUCACGCCCUCCGUGAACGACUCUGGGCUGGUGCUAAGCUGCCGCGCAGAGAAUCCCCGCCUACCCAACUCGGCCCUCGUCGACAGCUGGACGCUUGAUAUUUACCAUACACCAAAAGUCACGCUGCAACUUGGUCGCCCUCUCAACGCCAGCGCACUUACAGAGGGCGUUGACGUCUUCUUCGAGUGCCACAUCAAAGCCAACCCGAGGAUACACCGUGUCGGCUGGCGACAUGAUGUGCUGCAGUCCGUGAGCCGUAGCCGCGCCGGCAUGUACACGUGUGUGGCCUACAACCAGGAGGGCGACGGCGAGAGCAACCCUGUGCAGCUCGACGUCAAGUUUCGUCCCAUCUGCCGGCCGGGCCAGCAGCACACCUGGGGCGUGGGCCGCGGCGAGACCAUCACCAUCCCGUGUGAUGUCGAAUCCAACCCAGACGACGUACAGUUCACGUGGCGCCUGAACACAACGUCGGACAGCGUCGAGAUACCGGCGUCCAGACACACGGCCGACCGGGCGCGCUCCUACCUCAAGCACACGCCGCAGAGUGAGCGGGACUACGGUACCCUCCUGUGCUGGGGCACCAACACCCUCGGCACGCAGAAGCAGCCCUGCACCUUCCACGUCAUCCCCGCAGGGAAGCCCAACUCGCCCAUCAACUGUACGCUUGCGAACCAGACCACUGAGUCACUCACCGUCACCUGCUCCGAAGGCUUCGACGGCGGUGUGCCCAAGCAAGAGUUCCUCCUGGAGCUGUACGACGAGCAGACCCACGUCCUGGUGUCCAACGUGACAGCUCGCCUCCCCUCGUUUACCGUGGGCGGCCUUGAGUCGGGCCUCGACUUUCGCGCCGACCUGUACGCCUACAACACCAAGGGCCGCAGCGAGCCAGUGCGCAUGCACGCGUACACGCUCAAGGGGGCCGAGCGCAGGCUAGCGGCGACCCAGGCCGCCCUGCAGAUCACGCCGCUGGUGGGGCUGCUGGUGGGUGUGGUGGCCUCGCUGGUGCUGGCCGCCGUGCUCAUCGUCGUGGUGCUGCGCAUGCGCGGCCGGGGUGAGGGCCACGACGAGAAGUCCGAGGAUCGUCAUCGAGGCGACAAGGCGGCCUCCAUCUCGGCAAACGCUGGUGGCAAGGGUGACGGCAAAUGCGAGCCCGAGCAGGGCGCCACUGACGAAAACAACCCCGAUCUCAUCCCAGACAAGAGUGCCGAUGAAUUCGUGGACCCCGAGGAAAAGGCAUUCGAGUACCUCAACGACCGGCGGCUUUACUCCACGCUUAACCCGCGCCUCGGCCUCUACUCACCAUCUUCGAUCGACCACAUCGGACCGAACAUGCCCAACGGACCAAAAAUGGACGGAGAGGUGACGUAUGCGGAGCUGUCGCUGCAGCGGCCCAUGGGGGACCCGUGCAUCCAGCGGGCCAUGGCGCCCUCGCCGCAGCCGCUGUCGCUGGGGCCCAUGGGCGGGCUGGGCGGCCCCCUGAGCGGGCCCCUCAGCCCCAUGUACGGCCCCGGCGCUGGGUGCGCGGGCGGCCCCGGGCGGGGCCCGCUGCACGGCGCGUACGGCGGCCCGGGCUCGGCCAUGACGCUGCCGCACCCCGGGCAGCGCGGCGGGCUCGUGUCGUGCCUGCGCAGGCCGCCGCCGUCGCUCGGCCACGAGCCCACCAUGUACGCGCAGAUCGCCGUCUGUCGCGGGGCGCACGGCCACGGCCCCGGCCACGGGCUCGGGCUCGGGCCCGGCCGGGGCCGUGGCGACAGCCUCGUCGAGGACGUGGCGGGCGAGGCCGUGGAGGCGCCGGAGCACCGGGACACCUCUAUCUCCUCGCUGCAGCCGCUGCUCGACACCCGCUGCAACACAAUUGGUGGCCACGGCAAGGGUGCUGGUCUUCUGAGCAAGCCGCCAGCCGCUGUGACGGCCACACGCUUCUGACCCCACCCCGAUCACGGCCCUGGGCCCGGUCGUAGUCACGGCCACCUGCUCCCGCCGCCGCCAGAGUACCACGACUACGGUGUGCCCCUCAGCCAGGCGAGCGGCCAGCUCAGGGGACUCCAGCAGCCGCUCGUCAUUCAAGUCGGCGACGAGGCCUUGUAAAAGGGGAACAAGCGAGUGCCGCGAGUGCGACGACCACGAGUGUCAAAACUGCGAGUGCCGCGAGAGCGACGAAAGACAGUAAAAAAUGCCUGUGGACCUCGCGGUGCCCUGUCGAGACUGAGUGCACAGACGGGCAUGGCGCGUGGCGCCUGAUUUCUGCCCACACCACUUGUCCGGGAGCUGUCGAGACAUGCAGAGGCGUUGGUUGUGGAAGAGGAGACAAACAAUGGGAUAGUUUUGUUGCCGGUCUCCCCUUUGGGAUGAACGUAUGCUCGGUCUGGAGGCUAUGCUUUGGCGGUAAACCAACUAGGAUCGAGUGCAAUGAACUAAUAAAAUCCUCUUGUUCGUUUCCGCCAAAUGUGGCUCUUGGCCGUUUUUUUUUUGUUUUGUUUUUAAAGGGGGAGGUGGGGCGAGGUAACGGUCAGACUGAUGUAGUUAAUUUUCUUAUCUACACCUUUCCGGGUGUGCAAAGACUUGCCGAAUGUCGAGGAAAGCACCGAUGUCCCACGGUAUGUGAUGCCGAAUCAUACAGUUUCGGAUGUCAUAAGCUUCACUUUGGCUUCGUGUUUUGAAGCCAACUACAUUUUCGAGCUUUUGAGCAUGCAAAGGAAAGAAUGAAUAAGGAAAUGAAAAUUUAUUGUGUUCGUACGACGUGUAAUAACUAAGUCCUUGCUGAAGUUAUGGAAUGUGUUAUUACAAAUGAAAUUGUCCAUCCAAACACAAAAUAUGAAUCUAGCAAUUUUGAUUGCCAUCAACAUUAAUUUCUACUUCAUUACUGUACAUUUUUUUAUAUUGCUCGAUUGAUGGAAAUGCUCAAAACAUCGAUUUGAUGUAAUUUUUCUUUCAGUUUCAUAGUAUUAUUUUGUUUUGUUUUAAGGAAGCAUUAUCUUGUUCUAUUUUGUAUAUGUUAUAUGUCCUGUGUAUGUUGUCCAUAAGUCUGCACAUGAGAUAACAGACUUCUAGCUUGGUCCGUGCUGAUCUCCCCGUUCAGAUGCAUUAUUCAGUCAAUUUGAUGGGUGCGCCUUUUUCUGUUUAUAAAGCGUGUUUUAUACCGAUGUGAACGGGGUGUUGUCUACUACCAGACACUUUCUACUUCAAUGAAUAAAAAUCUUGAUCGUUUUUUCAAACUAA